UGAGUGUCCAUGUCAGGAGUCACCCUAGCCUCUGUGAACUCUUUGCUAGCUACUCCGUAUUGAUCAAUGCUAUAGUCUUGCAGCACACGAAGACCGGAGAACGCCGAAAGUCCAUUGGCUUUAUAAACAACAGCCCGUCAAGAGUCGAGCUCCCCCUUCACGCCAAUCCCAAACUGAGGAGUGUUUGGCGCCGGUCUAUUCAGCUUAGCCACCGAUUCAAUAUACACCAAAGCCUCGUUCAAGGGCGCUACCGGCUCUGAGAGCGAUAUUACGAUGGACUUGAUAGGUUCUUGCAAGGAUGGUCAAUUUUAGUCUUUUUUGUCAUUCGCAUCAAGACAGUUGUUCACGGAACCAUGCAUUCCCUGCUAGAUUCGCCAAUCAAGGCCCGGUUUGUCCAAGGAGAUAAGGACAGAUGAUACAUGCAGGAAACGGCUAGGAGAUUAGCCGCACUCCCAGCUUGGGUCAGAGAAGCAAGGGCAAGGGGGGUUCCUGAUUUUGACGGACUCAAGGGAGCGUGGGGGAAAAGUGAACCAAUUCCAAGGUGCCUUGAGCAGCAAGGGCUCAUGUCUGUCUAUGCCCACAGAUGGGGCCAAAAAGGAAAUCCCGAAACAAGAGGCUUGAACACGCCCUGGGAUACGAGGCGCGGCCAAAACAAAAUUGGCACAAUUUGGAGAUAUUUUUGUUGCUCAGGCAAUGAUGAAUAAUUAAAGCAGGUGAUGCACCUGGAGCAGGGUAACAAUGCA